AUGAUCUUCACUCGUCACGAAUUGAUUUUAAUACGAGCGCGCAACGACAAUUGUCUGACAGGAAAUCCGGCGACAGAAUCAACGCUCGAAUUAUUUAAAGUACAAUGGCGAAUGCCGCACGUGUUAUUGAGCGAGAUAAAUAAACUGUCGAUGCUACGCGCUUUGGAAAGCAAACGAUAUCUGAGCAUGGCUUCUCGUUCUGUACGAGUUUCCGCUCUUGCAGAGCACAAAACAUUCGUGGGCCAUCAAGAGGCUACUCAGCUCGAGAAGCCGCGCUACGUCAUUUUCGCUAUGCAAAUAGGUCGAAAAAACGUCAUGUCUGAAGAUAUAAGUCGUUUCGAUGAUUGCAAAUUAACCAAUGCGAAACUCUACCUGAAUUCGGAAUAUUAUCCGUAUGAUGACUUGAAUCUGGAUUUUGAUAAAAACAGAUGUGUGAUUCUGUACGACUUGUACGCGCGUUUCUGCAAGGGCUACUACGGAUACGAGUGUCUCGAGCCGAGUCUCAUCUUUACGACUUUUUUACGUAAUGGCCCGUUCGUAAUCAUCGAUUGCUCUCGACAGAACGAAUCGAUCAAGAUUGGCACCGUGGACGUACAAUCAGACUUUGAAUGUAAGGAGAACGUGCCCGCAAAUACAACAGCCUGUCAUCAUACACGAUCGCGUGGUUCAGUAUAA